UCACUUACUAAUUUACUAUCAGAGAUAUCAACUUGGUCACCGGUCACGUUUAUUACUGAAGGUCGGCUAAUUUUUCCAUUUUAAUUAAAUAAUAAACUUUCAUCGAAAUGUUUGCACAAUUCACAAGAAAAAGUUUAGCAACUACUGCACGUACCUUCAGUACAUCAUCACAGGUAAGGCAAAAUACAAAAGUAGCCGUAUUGGGUGCAGCUGGUGGAAUUGGUCAACCAUUAUCGUUACUUUUAAAAUGUAAUACAUCUAUUUCACGUUUAGGAGUUUACGAUGUUGCAAAUACCCCCGGAGUUGCUGCUGAUUUGUCACACAUUAAUACACCAGCCAGUUUAGUUCAUGGAAAAGGAGAUGCAGAAUUAGACAAAGUUUUAAAAGAUGCCGAAAUUGUAGUAAUACCCGCUGGUGUACCCCGUAAACCAGGUCAAACUCGUGAUGAUUUGUUCAACACCAAUGCAGGAAUUGUACGAACCUUAGUUGAAGCCUGCGCCAAAAAUUGCCCAAAAGCUCUCAUUGCCAUAAUUACAAACCCAGUGAAUUCUACCGUUCCAAUCGCAGCAGAAGUACUCAAAAAGAAAGGUUGUUAUGAUCCAAAACGAGUGUUUGGUGUAACCACAUUAGAUUUGGUACGUUCCAGCACAUUUAUUGCUGAAUAUAUUGGUGCAAAUCCGAUUGAUUUAAACAUCCCAGUAAUUGGUGGACACUCUGGUGUUACUAUUAUCCCAAUAACAUCUCAAGCGAGCCAAAAAGUAACAUUUAAAUCUAAAGAAGAUUUAGAUAAACUUACCGAUCGUAUCCAAAAUGCCGGUACUGAAGUUGUUAAAGCCAAAGCUGGUGGUGGUUCAGCAACAUUGUCCAUGGCUUUUGCUGCAGCACGUUUCACAAACUCCUUAAUCAAGGGUUUACAUGGCGAAAAGAAUGUUGUGGAAUGUGCUUACGUUGAAAAUGAAGUGUGUGGUGUGAAAUAUUUCUCUACUCCAAUUGUUUUGGGUAAAGGUGGUGUUGAAAAGAAUUUGGGUCUUGGUGAAUUAAAUGAUUACGAAAAAGGAUUAUUGGAGAAAGCUAUCCCUGAAUUAAAGAAAGAUAUUCAAAAAGGUGAAGAAUUUGCGAAGAAAGGUUAAGUUAAACUAAAUGAUGCAUUUCCCAUGAAAAAAGAAAUAUAUUUAAUAUAUUGAUCUUUUGUACAUCUUUUUCGAAAUGAUUUAAUCAAUAAUCAAUCGUUCGUUUUAUUCAUUACAAUAUUUUUUUUUUAAAUGUCUGAAACACCAAAUCAAAUUACCAUUGUAAUUAUGUAUUACGUAUUGUAAUAAAAGUUACUUUAUUUUCAAGUAUUAAUUUUAA